UUAAAUUAUAUGUGCACGUGUAUGUCUCAAUGAACGCGGCAUUUAAAUUUUUAAAUAUUUUAUAUCUAAAUAGAACAAGAUCUAAAUUUGCAGUGUACGUCGCAUUCAAAAGCAAUUCUAAAGUAUAUGCCGCGUGUACGGAUUAAAAUGAAAUUUUCGCAUUAGAACGUUCAAUUCAAUUUGUAAUAAUUUUGUAAAAACACAUGCGAAGUGAUAAAACUAUUUUGCAAAUGUUAAUAGAAAUGUUGAAGUUAAAUGUUGUGCUAAAUACUUAUUUCUAACUAUUAUGAACAUUGUUAGAAGUCUAAGUUUAGCUUUGAACAAAGUACCUGCAAUUAAAGAAAAGUUGUUUUCCCCAAAAUAUUUAUUUUAUACAAAUGUAACAAUAUCUGUUUCUCUUUCUGCUGUUGGAGAUGUACUAGAACAACAUUAUGAAAUAUUAAAGGGCGAGUGGUAUGAAUGGAGUUUUAAAAGAACAAGGAACAUGGCAGUAUCUGGCAUGACCAUUGGUAUAGUAUGUCAUUACUGGUACAAAUAUUUAGAUAAUAAGUUACCAGGUCGUACAAUUAACAUUGUUAUGAAAAAAGUUGUUAUAGAUCAGUUAGUCUGUUCCCCUCUUUGCAUUGCAAUGUUCUUUUUGACAUUAGGUAUUUUAGAAAAAAGUGAUUGGUCCGAAUUGAAAAAUGAAAUUAUUCAGAAAGCACAUAGAUUAUACAUAGCAGAAUGGAUUAUUUGGCCACCAGCCCAAACUUUUAAUUUCUAUUUUCUGCCCAAUAAAUAUAGAAUUCUUUAUGAUAAUACUAUAUCUCUAGGCUAUGAUGUGUAUACUAGUCAUGUGAAACAUGAUAAUUUAAUACACAGUUAA